GUACAACUCUCUCAUGGCGGCGAAAUCACAAUCCCCUGACACGUCUCUGCUUCUCACUUCCUCCUUUUCUUCUCCUUCUCUACACCUGCUUGACUAAACCACGACUCUUCUUCUUCUUCUUUCCCUCCUCAAAGCAGCUAUGACGACUCCUUGCCGGACCAUAAACGCAAAUGCUAUCGCCGCGCCUUCGCCUUCGAGAAUAAUCUUCCACGGUUAUCGCGAUUUCGUCCCGAUAGAUAAGAGGCUCGUCAAAUCAAGCUCUUGUGGCUUCAAAUUCCCGAAGAAGAUGACCACGACGAGCUCAGCUUGGAAUUUUAGGCCUCCCGGGAGAUUUCUCUCUACGCGCGUGGGGUCUGCGUCUGCGUCUGUCACAUCGAAUUCCACGAAUAGAUUGGAAGCUUUGGAAGAGGGGAUUGAGAAGAUCAUUUAUAGUUGUCGAUUCAUGGCGUUUCUUGGAACACUAGGAUCUCUGUUCGGAUCGGUUCUAUGUUUCGUCAAGGGAUGUAUGUAUGUCGCAGACUCGUUUGUGCAGUAUUCAGUAAAUCGUGGGAAGGUGAUAUUACUUCUGGUAGAGGCCAUAGAUAUAUAUCUUCUAGGAACUGUGAUGUUGGUCUUUGGAAUGGGACUUUACGAGCUGUUCAUUAGCAAUCUCAACACUUCAGAAUCGAUUUCGCACGAUAAUGCUUCCAAUAGAUCGAGUCUCUUUGGCAUGUUCCCCUUAAAGGAGCGACCUCAAUGGUUGGAGGUGAAAUCAGUUAGCCAGCUGAAAACGAAGUUGGGACAUGUGAUAGUGAUGCUGUUGUUGAUUGGUUUGUUCGACAAGAGCAGGAAAGUUGCCAUAACUUCUGUCACGGAUUUGCUAUGUAUCUCUGUUUCUAUCUUUCUUUCUUCGGCUUGUCUCUACUUGCUCUCUAGGCUCAAUGGCUCACACUGAGUUAAAUGGUGUUGCCCCAAAACAAAGGAAACUUUGUAUGAUGUAUUGAUGUGUAUGUGUAUAAGGUUCACGCAAAGUUUCACUCUUUUGUUCGUGUGUACUUUUUGCAAAACAGAAAAUUCUCAAUUAGUUAA